AUGCUCACAGUGGCCUCCAUCCACUUGGCCCGAGAGCGUCCUUUGGAUGCCCUGCGCAGUGCCAAGGAAGCCCAGCAGCUCUGCAAGCGCCUGGGGGACUCCCAAGCCAUGGCCAAAACCCUGGUCUUACUGGCCGAGGCGAACGUUGAAAACGACGAGCAGAAAGAGGCGUUAACUCUUGUGAAAGAAGCUCGCGAGAGACAUCACGUGCUGAAGGAUCUCGGUGGGGAGGUCGAGUCGCUACGCGUCAAAGCGAAAGCCGAGAACUCCAUGUGCAAACGCAACGAGGCUCUUGCCUCAUUGCGUGAGGGCGUGGAGCUUGCCAAGCGAAUCGACGACCGGGUGAAGGAAGCUACUCUUCUUUUGGAGACUGCGCGUAUUGAGCUGGACAUGAUGAAGAUGGAGGACUGCGAACAACAUCUUCACGAGGCCCAGAGCAUCUUCCGCGAUGUCCAGCAUUGGCGCGGUGAGGCCGAUGUGCUGGAAGUCUUGUUGCGCGAGCAGAUUCAGGUGACUUCACGAGAUGCUGUCGGCACGGCGGAUGAAUGGCGUGCCCUCUUCUACGAUGCGACAGACAAGAAGGGCGAGGCAAGAUGUCUUCGUGAAGCAGCUCGCAUGUUCUUCCUGGCCGGUUAUGAGCAGGAUGCUGAUGCACGGGGGCAAGAGGCGCUGGCUUUGUUCCAAGAGAUCCAAGAUCAAACCGGAGAAGCUCAAACCAUGUUGUUGCUGGCGGAGGUGCACGCAGGCUUUGGUGAUGUGCGACGUGGGGUCCAGACGGCGGAGGAGGCGUUGCAGCUCUUCAAGACCAUCGAGGACCCAAAGGGACAAUAUGAUGGCUUGUCUACCCUUGCUCGUGUGCAAAUGCUGGAGGAAGGUGGUGAUGCUGAGGCGGCGGCAACUGCAGCGGAGAAAGCCUAUCAGUUGGUGAAAAGGUCUCGCAAAGGAUGGGCCACUAGGAGAAUUGAAGUGAACGCGUUGAAGUUGCUGGCAGAAGCGGGGGUUGCCAAAUUGGUGGCCCUGGCGGGUGGUGAUGAUGUCGAGGAGAAGUCUGAAGAGGAGCAAGAAGUCUUGCAGAACAUCUUUGAGAAGGCCCAUCGAGCAGCAGAGAUGGCUGUGGACCGUGCUGCUGACUUGGACGAUCGGCGUUUGGAGGCCGGGGCGCUCCGCACCUUGGCCAAUGCCAGCCUGGUCUGCAGCAACUCGGAGACGGCAGAGGAAGCCGCGCGCGAGGGGCUGAAGAUCGCACAGGAGGUGGGCGACAAAGCCCUGGAAGCUUCAAUGCUGUGCAUCUCCGCUGAGGUGAACAUGGCAGAAAACUACAUGGGCAAGGCCAGCGAACAAGCCAAGCAGGCCUUGGCAAUCUUCCGAGACUUACGCGAUGCUGAGGGUGAGGAGUAUGCAAAGAGCAUCCUGGAUCAAAUGUAUGGCACAUCUCGAGGGGGCGCCGCCCCAGCUGCGGCUACGGGUACCGCACCAGCCCCAGCCUGGGAUACUCCUGCCAUGGUGUCCUCAGUCGCCACGGCGGUGGCCACCGGCCCCUCGAGGGAAUUUAUCAUGGAGGGCUUGAAGAACCUUUCGAAAAACAUUGUUGGCGACGACAUCGAGAUGGAUUCGCCAUUGAUGGAAGCCGGUAUGGACAGCUUGUCCAGCGUGGAAUUCCGCAACCAGGUGCGAAACCUGGUUCCGGGCAUCAACCUGCCUGCUUCGAUGGUCUUCGACUACCCGAGCUUGAAGUCUAUGACAGACUUCAUCCAUACCAAGACCUCAGAGAUGUGA